GUGGUGAGGCCUGUGUUAUUGAUUUGAUAAUAAAUCAAGUUUUUUUUCCUUUCAAUUAUUUUAGAUUUAGUAUCUUUCAUUUUAUCCUCUGUAAUUUCAUUAUAUUCUAGUCGAUAGUUGUUGUGUUUGCUGUUGCUCAUGUGGCCGGUGUAUUUAGAGAUGGCACAGGUGUAUCCAGGUAUACAGUCCGCCUUUGAAGUCUUCAAGUCAAAGGCUCAGGUUGCGAAGAAGAAAAAGAAGCCCAAAGGUUCGCCGGUAGCUGCAGCGUUGUCGGAGGCAGGAACCAGGAUUCGUCGGCGCCCGGGGCGUAGCGAGGAUCACUCCGAGGUCUCUAACAAGAAAAGAAAACCAGAUUCGUUGGUUAAUGGCAUAGCUUUGAAUCAAGAGACAAAUAACGUGAACGGUAGUCGUGUGAAAAAGAACAAAAUAAAUAAAAAACUUAAAACAGUUCAAAAGGUUGCAAAGAAGAAACUAAAAAAAAAUAGUUCACCAAAAUCCAGGAAGCUUGUAAAUGUAGAACAUGAAAGUUAUGAUAAUUCUGUAGAAGAACCUGUUGAAGUGCCAGUCGGUAUUGUUAAAAAUGGGGACGUAGGAACAAGGAAGAAAAGAAAACUGAAUGUUACAACUGUAGGCAUUAAAGAGAGUAAUGCUGUGAGAAAGAAGAAACGGAAAGUGUUGGGGAGUGAAGGGAAGAAGAAGGCAAGGAAGGAGGCUGGGGGCGACAGCGAAGCACAGUUGUCGAAGGCAGACAGCGUGAAGGAAGGGGAGCAGCUGUUUGCGUGGCUCAUCGACCCAAUCACGCCCCAGGACUUCUUCAGGGACACGUGGGAGCAGCGGCCCCUGGUGAUCCGGCGCGGGCAGCCAGACUUCUACCGGAUGCUGGUGUCGACGAGUGCCAUCCACAAGGUGCUGGAGCGGGACAGCGUGCAGUUCAGCAAGAACGUGGACGUGACGACGUACCGCGCCGGCCGGCGGGAGACGCACAACCCCGAGGGCCGGGCGUUCCCGUCGGUGGUGUGGGGCCACUACGGCGCCGGCUGCAGCGUGCGUCUGCUCAACCCGCAGUCCUUCCACCCGAAGCUGCACCUGCUCAACGCCACCCUGCAGGAGUACCUGGGCUGCUUCGUGGGUGCCAACGCCUACCUCACGCCCCCGCAGUCCCAGGGCUUCGCCCCGCACUACGACGACAUCGAGGCCUUCAUCUUGCAGCUGGAGGGCCAGAAGCAGUGGAGGCUGUACGCUCCCAGGACGCAGCAGGAGGUGCUGCCGAGGUUCUCCAGCGACAACUUGGCGGAGGAGGAGAUCGGCCGGCCGAUCAUGGAGGUGGUGCUGAGCCCCGGGGACCUGCUGUACUUCCCGCGCGGCACCAUCCACCAGGCACACACGGUCGCGGCCGGGCACUCGCUGCACGUCACGCUGUCGUGCUACCAGCGCAACACCUGGGGCGACCUGCUGGAGAAGGCGCUGCCGGCGGCGCUGAAGUACGCGCUGGAGGAGGACGUGGAGCUGAGGCGCGGACUGCCACGCGACUACCUGAGCUACAUGGGCUCAGUGCACAGCGACCGCAGCCUGGCCGCGCGGGACAGCUUCGUGCAGCGCCUGCACGGCUUCGUGCACCGGCUGGUGGAGCAGCUGCCCGUGGACGCGGCCGUGGACCAGCUGGGCAAGCAGUUCACGCACGACGCGCUGCCACCCGUGCUCACCACAGCCGAGAAGCGGUGCUCGGUGUUCGGGGACGGCCUGAGAAUGGAGGAGAACGGCAAGCUGUCCAACCGCGUGGACAUACAGCUCACCUCCAGGAUCAAGUUGCUGAGGGCGCACAUAUUGAGGCUGGUGGUGGAGGACGAGGACGCGGUGCGGGUGUACCACUACGCCGACAACUCCCUGGAGUACCACGGCCACGAGCCCCAGUUCCUGGAGCUGCCCCUGGAGGAGGCCCCGGCGGUGGAGCUGCUCAUCCGCUCCUACCCCGCCUUCCUGCCCGUCAGCGCCCUGCCGCUGCCCGCCGACGCAGACAAGGUGCUGUCCUGGCGAGUUGACCCGGCCCCAGUUCCAAUAACAUGCUUAUCUGAGAAUUUUUUUUGUAUUACAGAGCCUGUUGAUAUUGUUUAAUGAAUGCCUCAAACGCAAUACUUUGGUCUUUUCCCAUUAUCUUUGUGCUUUGUGUGCAACACAAAGAUGUGCAUCUUGUAUCAUAAUAUCUUGGGUAGUUUGGUUUAAAACCAUAAUGGCUUUGAUUACAAUAGAAUAUACUACACAUUUUAUACUAUACCUGGUAUUAAGUAUAUUUUCUUCAAUUACUUUAUGUGGCAUUAAAUAUGUGUUUUUGAAAGUGGGAGAUAAACUUUGUUUUCCAGAAAACAAAUGUGAAAAAUAAUACGGAAACAAAAAUAACCAGUCCUUUUGUUUAUGCUUUACGUUUCGUAAUUUUAUAGUUUAGAGCAAGAAAUAAUUGUAAACAAUAUGAGUAAACUCACUAUAAUGUGUUUUACGUACAUUUAGCCCUUUCCCUUUGUUAAAUUUAUUAGUUCAUUACAUAUUUGGCAUGUGCAACAAGCAUAUAAUCAUCUACCAGUAUUUGCCGUGCAUGUGUUACGGUGAAGAAAAUCAUCUUUCCUUUCUUUACUUGAUGCUGCGGUAGUCGGUGCCAGCCACGUACAGCAACGUACUCUGCCGUGAAGCCAUCGUUGCCUGCUGAGCGCCGGCUUGCAUGUCCGUCUCGUACCAGCGGCAGCCGUUGUCUCUACACACACCGCGGUGCUGCGUCUCCUCACGCAUGCAACAAGCACUUGAUGACCAACCACAUAAUUGAAUAAAAUACUGAACUCACAUUAAACCAUAGGUGUUAGUAAAACUGUACAAGAGAAAUAUUUUUAAAAAUAUGUUAUAAAAAGGUAAUAACUAAACUAUAACGGCCAGAUGGCCAAGCCUCUGAUACCUUUGCAAACCUUGGUCCCAGCAAAGAGCCGGAUAUCGGUGGAUGUCCUGUACCAGUAUCGGGAAUCGGAACUGCCCUAAUUACAAUGGCCAAGAGGUGUGAGGAACGAUUGGUGUAUGAACGGCCAGACCUGUGAAGCAACAGCAGUUGGUAAUGUGUGUGUGUUGGCAGGUGAAGUUGGCCAGCCUGCUGUGGAAGCAAGGCUUGUUGCUCACGGACGGUCCUCUCGACGUCGUGUACGACGAAUAGCACGUCACGGCACGCCUCCGCGCGCUGGUCGAGAUGUCAGCUGGGGUGCAGAGUGCACUUGGCAGUCACGGGCUGGCGCCGACUCAGUGAGAACAGUAACUGUGUGUUUGUGGAUGUGAAUAAAGAUGAGUGUUAGACAUA